UAUAAUGCCAGAUGAACACUCCUCUUGCCUCCAUCCACAGGUCAACCUGCAGGCAACCCAGCUUGCUACCAAGUCGAUCAAUGGCAAUGGACACUUACUACUAUUCCAUGCUCUUCGUCCUCCCUCCGAUACUCUACAUGUCCUACCACCUCACCAGAAUCCUCGCCGACAAGAAGAAGCCCACCACCCAUGGCCUCAAGGCGCACCCGCUGCUCGGCCACCUCCCGGCGUUCGUCAACAACAGCCACCGCUUCCUCGACUGGACGACGGAGCUCAUCGUCGGCAGCCCGGAGAUGAGGAUGGGCUUCUGGAUCCCCGGGAUGCGCACCGGCAUCAUCACCGGCAACCCGGCCGACGUCGAGCACAUCCUGCGCACCAACUUCGCCAACUAUCCCAAGGGCGAGCACGCCAUUGGCAUGCUCGAGGACUUCCUCGGCCACGGCCUCUUCAACUCCGACGGCGAGCAGUGGCUCUGGCAGCGCAAGAACGCCAGCUACGAGUUCAGCAACCGCUCCCUGCGCAGGUUCGUCGUCGACGUCGUGCAGGCCGAGAUCGCCGACCGCUUCCUCCCGCUGCUCCGCCGCGCCGCCGGUGAUGGUGGUGGCGAUGGCGAUGUCGUCGUCCUCGACUUGCAGGAGGUGCUCCAGCGAUUCGGGUUUGAUACCAUCUGUAUGGUGGCGUUCGGGCACGACCCGCGGUGCCUCGCCGACGGCGGGGUCAUGGAGGAUGCCAGGUCGGAGUUCAUGCACACCUUCGGCGAGGCGCAGGACCUCGUCGUCGGCCGCUUCUUCGAUCCCAUCGAGGUCUCCUGGAAGAUCAAGAAGUGGCUCAACGUCGACACCGAGCGCCGCCUCAGGAAGGCCAUCGCCGACGUCCACGCCUUUGCCAUGGACAUCGUCCGCGCCCGGCGCCAGAGCGCGUCCGUGAACGACAGAGACGACGUCCUGUCGAGGUUCGUGGCGAGCGACGAGCACAGCGACGAGGUCCUCCGCGACAUCGUCCUCAGCUUCCUCAUCGCCGGCCGCGAGACGACGGCGUCGGGGCUGAGCUGGUUCUUCUGGUUCUUGUCGUCCCGGCCCGACGUCGUGGCGCGCAUCGCCGACGAGGUCCGCGCGGUGAGGGAGGCGACCGGCACGCGCCCCGGCGAGCCGUUCCGGUUCGACGCGCUCCGGGAGAUGCACUACCUCCACGCCGCGCUCACCGAGUCGAUGCGGCUGUACCCGCCGGCGCCGAUCGACUCGCAGUCGUGCGCGGCGGACGACACGCUCCCCGACGGCACGCUCCUCCGCGCCGGCUGGUCCGUGACGUACAGCGCGUACGCCAUGGGGCGUCUCGCCGCCAUCUGGGGCGAGGACUGCUUGGAGUACAGGCCGGAGCGGUGGCUCGGCGACGACGGCGCGUUCCAGCCGGCGAGCCCGUUCCGGUUCACGGUGUUCCACGCGGGGCCGAGGAUGUGCCUCGGGAAGGAGAUGGCGUACGUGCAGAUGAAGUCCAUAGUUGCAAACGUGCUUGAGGAGUUCGAGGUCGACGUGGUCAAGGACGUCGCCGGCGGCGGCGUGCCGGAGCACGUGCUCUCGGUGACGCUGAGGAUGAAGGGUGGACUACCUGUGAAGAUUAGGAGAAAGACUGAAGCUUACUAGAGAAGGCCACAAGGGAACUUUGCCGCUGAAUGGUAUAAUUAGUUAAGCUUCAAGUUUUGCUCUUUUCGUUUUGAGCUUAUGGGUUAAGAAUAACGUUUGUGAUUUGGUUGUUUUGCCCAUUUUCCAUUUCCUACUAGACUACAGCGGCAGAAAAAUGAUUUGCCCUGGGUUGAAUUGAUGCCAGUUAAUCAAUAAAAGGAUGGCGUAUCACUGUAUUGUACAAAUUUAACAAGUUGAAGUCAGCCAUGUAAGACACAAAUAGACCUAUUUAAGUAACUAUUUGACCAACUUUCAGGUGUUGUUCUUA